AUGGCGAGAAACCGAUACCAUGACUACUCAUACUGGGAAUACUUUACCGAGUACCUGUCGGAUUUCCCCUUCCACCUAUGCCUCUUCCUCCUCGUGCUCUUCCUCGUGGCGUGCCUCUCGUGGUACAUCAACUAUGAGUACAUGUACGAGGACGUUACCAGCCAAGUGAAGUUCUUCCUCAUGCUGAGCCCUCUCUUCCUGCUGCUCAUCCUGCACUUCCUAUCAUCCGACAACCGGAGGCGGGUCCCACUGUUCGUGCCCCUCCUUGCAGAUGAGAAGGAGUCGAUCCACAGGGCAGGCGGUUCUCCUUUUGGGGUCGCUCUGGUGCUUGUGAUCAUCCUGUUCUUGGUUUCUCAUCAGUCCUCCUUCCAUCAGAGUUGGUUCCCUCUAGUCACCAGACGAUGA